AUGGCCAGCCAAAGCUCCGUGACACCAGCUAAGAGACUUCCGUCCCUCCGCAAGAUAGCAAAUGCAAUCGAUGCACUUGCUGCUCUAGAAGAACGCCGACUGGCCAAGCGCGAAAGAUACUCAAUUGAGUCCAAUGAUGCAACUGCUGAGGACCUUGACUCUGCAUCGCCCGUCACAGGCCAGUACAUUGCCGUAAAAGGAGUUGAGGUUGUCCACACCCUCACCAACUUUACAGUGUCCGAGCUCAUUACACUGUGGACCAAUAUCAAGCCAUAUGUCUCAAAGAACUGGAACGUCGGCGGUGGACGCAAAUGCCCAGUGACUGGAAAGGACAUGCUCUUCAUGACACUCGUGACGCUGAAGCACGGAGGCACGUGGGACAUGCUUGUUGCCAGCUUCGACGAGAAGGCAGCUACGUUCAGCAAUCGGUGCAUCGACGAACAAGGCAUCAAGUGGACAAUGCAUCAGCUUGCCGUGGCCGGUCUUCAAUUCGAAACGCACAAGUCGGCCCUAUACGCAGUUGAUGUCACCUUCCAGCAAACUACUACACCCGCCGUGUCAUUCAACAAGAAGACGUACUUUUCCAAGAAACAUGGCUUGUAUGGUCACAAAGUUGAGCUGCCUGUGGGACCGAACUGCUUGGCGAUCAAUGUCGCCGAUUGCGCAGUGGGCAGCACAUCCGACUUCGAAAUGUUCAAGGCCAACCUGCGUUUUCACUCCAAGCACCUGGAGAAGCAGCCGAACGACAAUAACUUUCGCAAUCAAUGGGCCGUUCUUGCGGAUAAGGGCUACCAAGGCAUCCAAGAUUACGUCCGUGGUUUUACUCCAGUCAAGCGCCCACCACACGGACAACUGACAGUGGAGCAAGAGCGAGCGAAUGCGAAGUUGUGGUCGGAUCGCGUGGUGGUCGAGUACUGUUACGGUAGCCUGAAGACGCUUUGGGGACUGGUGUCUGACAAGUACACGUGGAAGAAGGAUGAGUACAACAUGUACUUUCAGACUUGUGUUGCCCUGACAAACGUCCUCGUUCGCUUCAAUUCUGCGGAGCGUGGACGGUGCAGGCUACAAUCAGCACCUUAA